AUGUCAGAAAGAUCAGAUAUUCUUCACUUCAAGUUUGACAAUUAUGGGGAUUCGAUGUUACAGAAAAUGAACAAACUGAGGGAAGAAAACAAAUUCUGUGAUGUCGUGGUCCAUAUAGAUGAUGUUGAAGUUCAUGGGCAUAAAAUUGUAUUUGCUGCUGGCUCUCCCUUUUUAAGAGAUCAGUUCUUACUAAAUGACUCCAGAGAUGUAAAAAUCUCUAUACUGCAGAGUUCGGAAGUGGGGAGGCAGCUGCUUCUAUCCUGUUACAGUGGCAUUCUGGAGUUUCCUGAAAUGGAACUGGUAAACUACUUGACUGCUGCAAGCUUUCUGCAGAUGAGCCACAUUGUUGAACGAUGUACGCAGGCCCUCUGGAAGUUUAUAAAACCGAAGCAGCCUUUGGAGAGCAAGGAGUGUGAACAGCAAAGUGACUCCUCUGAGCUGAAGGACCAUCAAGGAGACGACGACUCUCUGCAGCAAGAUUCACCUUGCAUUCAACCUUCAGAAGACAGUAUGGACAUGGAGGAUAGUGAUAUUCAGAUCAUCAAGGUGGAGUCCAUUGGGGAGGUAACAGAAGUUAGGAAUAAGAAGGAUCAGAACCAGUUUAUUUCUUCUGAACAAACUGCACUGCAUUCCUCAGAGCCUCAACACUUUCUUAUCAACUCCACUGUUGAAAACAGAGCAAGUGAAAUAGAGCAAAACCACCUGCACAACUAUGCCCUUUCAUAUGCUGGCAGUGAUAACAUCAUUCUGGCUUCUAAAGAUAUGUUUGGGCCUAACAACCGAGGCAUAGACAAAGGCCUCCAGUGGCACCAUCAGUGUCCAAAGUGCACAAGAGUGUUUCGGCACCUGGAAAACUAUGCUAAUCACUUAAAGAUGCAUAAACUCUUUAUGUGUCUACUCUGUGGCAAGACAUUCACUCAGAAAGGCAAUCUCCACCGGCACAUGAGAGUGCACGCAGGCAUCAAACCCUUCCAAUGUAAGAUCUGUGGGAAAACAUUCUCUCAGAAGUGUUCCUUACAGGACCAUCUCAACCUGCACAGUGGGGACAAGCCCCACAAGUGUAACUACUGUGACAUGGUUUUCGCGCAUAAACCCGUUCUGAGGAAACAUCUUAAACAGCUACACGGUAAAAAUAGCUUUGACAAUGCCAAUGAAAGAAACGUUCAAGACAUAACAGUGGACUUCGAUUCAUUCACGUGUAGCGCUGCUACAGACAGUAAGGUCUGUCAGCAAGCAGAUGCAAGCCAGGUACUGGAUGCAGGGAAGCUGCCUCAGGCUGUGCUCAGUUUAAGAAAUGAUAGUACCUGUGUCAAUUAAGCAAUUAA